CAUGUGAAAUUGAAGGUUUAUAGUAAGUAAGGAGCGUUUAUAACAUUCAAUAUGACCCCCACCCCCUCAUACUACAACCCAUAUAUACCUCUACGAUCACGACUUCAAUAUUCACCUAUCAUGGACUAUUCUCCGCUGCCGGACUUUAGAGAACCUUUAUCUACACCACCUAAACUCUCACUCUUUUCCUUACCUUCUAAACCAUCUACGCUUCCGGAUGGCCCUACUCCGCCACCCAACAUGGUGGCCAAUGUCCCAUUUCUAUGGGAGGAAGCUCCCGGAAAACCAAGAAAAACUUAUGUCACCACCACCGGUAGUACUAGUGCUAUUGAUGAUGAUCCAACAAAGUCUAAAGUUGUCCGUUCGUUAGACCUUCCUCCGCGACUCACAGCCACCACCGCGAGUCCUGCUAAUUACAAGAGUGGUGAAAAAUUGGUGAACAAUGUUAGAAUUCAGAUUGUACCAUCUCCGACGUCCACUGUGCUGAGCAAACAACCUUAUGAAGUGAACAAUGUUAGAAUACAAAUCGUACCAUCUCCGACCACUGUCCUGAGCGGACCGUAUGAAGGUCAUUUGUACCCUUCAAACACGCUGGGAACGUCGGUUAAUAGCAGUAAUGAUAGUGAUAAUAAUAAGAGUAUUAAAGGGAAGAUGAGGAUGCCGUUGAGGAAGUUAAUGAGGAAAGAAAAAUCAGCAAUAGUGAAGUUUGGUUCAUGGAGGUGGCAAAGUUUCCGGGACAGUACUGAUCAUGGUGGAAAAGUGGAUAGAUCGCCUUCGUCAGGGAGGUUUUGCUCAUGGAGGUGGGAUAGUUUUGCAGAUACGUUCGGUGGCAGUAGCGGAUCUUUGGGCUCUUCAUUUCGGGACCUUCACAAGUCUGUUGAUUCGAAUGGAAAAAUAACAAGGAAAAAUAGCUUCCCUUUCGCUAAGGGCACCACUUCUGGCCGAUUCUUGGCAAGCAUGUUUGGGACUCUUAAACAAGCGAUGCCAUGGAGAUCGCGAAGACAAGAGUGAAUAAGUUCUAUACUAAAUCGUGAUCAUGAUACGGUUACCAUUAUGAGUUAUUUGUGAUGGAUACAUACAUAUCAGCAGGUUGAAUUAUAUAUAUGUUUGUUAUAUGUUGUAAUAGCUAUAAUUUUUAAACAUGUAGGGAGACUUAUUUUCGGUUUGUAAAUCUCUGCUAAUUGCUAUAUAUAAUCAAGUUUGUAAAAGUACAUUUCAAAUAUUAUAUAUAACCUCUCUCUCUGAUGCAA